GUGCAAGUCUAAAGCAUUUUCUUAACCCUGAUUGUUUACAAGCAUUGUGAAAUAAUUCGGCUUGCGCUACGUGAGGUAGGAGCAGAAAACCGCCAAUUUUAGUCAAUUUAGUAUUUCUCUUAGCUGUCACGUCACCAGAAAGUAGUUGUCUGGUACAUAACGUGUAAAUAUAAAUUUAGUUUAACAGAGCAUUACCUGUAGAAUAUCGAGUUUGAAUAUUUGCAAUGGAUUCAUCGGGCGUGGCUGUUCAAAUGCAGGGGCCCCCGCCAAAUGCCCAAGGACUACCCCCGGGCCUGCAAUACUUAGCGGGCCUGAAUGAAAUCAACAUUCACCAACAUUUGGACAUAUUAGAAGUUGCCACUGGGUUUGAGAGGAACAACAAAUACAAGAUAUGUAACAAUCAAGAUCAACAGUUCAUGUACGCAAAGGAGGAUACGGACUGCUGUACGAGACAGUUAUGCGGGCCCGGCAGGCCUUUUACAAUGAACAUAACUGAUAAUAACUUCCAGCCAUUGAUCUCCCUGUACCGACCACUCCGAUGUCAGGCAAGCUUCAUGUGGUGUUGUUACCUACAGGAAAUGGACAUCAUGUCACCUCCUGGCCUUUCUGUUGGUGGCAUCAAGCAAUUAUGGACGCCAUGGAAACCAAAGUUCCAGGUCCAUGAUGCUCAGCAGACACCACUGUUCGAGAUUGAAGGAGAAUGCUGUUUCUGCUGCCCCUGUACGGACAUCAUGUUUACGGUCACAGAUAUAGCAAAAGGCCAGCAGAUCGGCGAGAUCAUCAAACACUGGGGAGGAUGCCGCGAGAUAUUCGGUGGUGUCAACGAUUUCAAGGUCACUUUUCCCAUGGAAAUGGAUACUAUGCAGAAGGCUUUAUUGCUGGGAGCAACAUUCCUGAUUGACUUUAACUACUUUGAACCAAAGAAGAACUAAAGCAUCAAGAUUUAUCUCCCUUUUUUUUUUUUACUCAAAGGAGAUCUGUAUCGUAAAAUGUUGAUUUGGAUAAAAAAUUGUCAGUGCCUCUUAUUCACAGAAGCAGUGCAUAAUGGGCUGUUUUGAUAAAAAAAAAAAAAAAAACUGAGUUGGGUCCACUGCUA